CUGGAACAGCUUGGCAACUGGCUAUCUCUCUAGCAAGUAGGAGUGGACCAUUUGUCAUGUAUAAUCAAUUUGGUGGAGUAAGAAAAGUAUAUCGAUCGAGUAAUCUACGAUGACAACAAGACUGUAUCGUGGAAACCAUGAAAAGAACUAGAAGUGUUGAUGCGUCUUCACCUUUGAAUGGGAUUGGAAAACAAGGUAUGUAUUGCUAGCUAGCGUCAUGGACAGGUUUUUGAAAAGUUUUAGUAAGCUAGCUAAGUUAGCUAGUUACCUGAAUUAGUCGAGAGGGUGUCUCUGUCUGUGGGCUAACUAGUUAGCUAUUUGUCAUGCUUGCACGUAGUUCGUGUUAGAUUCGCUAGCUAGCGAAUGUCACCAGCUGGAAAAUGUAACUAGCUAAUUGCAUUAACGUUCGCUAAAAAACACUUACAUCAUUGACUGGUACCCAUUGAUUUGACAUUGUCUCCUUCUAAGUCUUUCAUCAAACAUAUGGACAACAAUACAUACUACUUGUACUUACAGGCUUCCUUGAAAUACAGGAUGUUAGGUAACUAAAUUAACUCAUAUUUCUAAAUACUGAAAACACACAAUUAUUCCCAUUUUGUGUGGCAAAGUGGCAUCACUAUCCAGUAAAGUGCAGGGGGACUGUCUUACAAAUCCAGGCAUAAGGUCAUGAAUUGGGCUCACUACUACAUUACAUGAGUGCUGGCUGUUGUAACUCUGAAAACGUGGUUAUUUUAUUGGAGUACUCCCUCUAGCCAGCUGGGUGUCUGCAGUUCAGUUUUGUGAGGGAUGUACUUGAUUGAUGGCCAUUAUGCCUCUCAGCUAUACUCGGAAGCGAUCUCAGGAGGAUGUUCUGGCUAAUGGCCACUGUGCUGCUGUGAGUUGAGGGACCUCAGCUGAACCGUUGUCAUGUGGACAGAUGGGGACUCCCGGAGGAAGAGGAAGGUGGCGGAGAUCUCUCAGUCCCUGAACUUGACGCCGGUGGACGUGGCGCUGCUAAGGAGGAUGGCCAUCAGCGAGGGGGGGGCUGCUUACAGACGAUAUCCGCUGUAAAGUGUGGCCCUGGCUGCUCAACGUGCCCACCGCCACCCUGCCUGAGAAACCAGGUGAGCUGCCUGGGCAGUGGGCACUGCUACUGACAGACCAUAGAUGCCACUGAGGCUACAAAGGGUACUAGACCACAAUCAAGUGCAGGGGCACAUAUUCACCCUUUCUCAUUGUCUUUUCUCCAGAGGAAGUAGAGAGGCAGAAUCAUAAGGACUAUAACCAGGUGCUGUUGGAUGUCCAGCGUUCCCUUAAAAGAUUCCCUCCUGGUGAGUGACACAUAUUUGUAUUUAUUAGGGAUCCCAUUAGCCAAGGCAGCAGCUACUCUUCCUGUGGUCCAUACACAUUAAGGCACUUACAUUACACAUAAAACAAAAUAUAAAACAGUACAACAAAUAACAACCACUACAUAUCUACAACACAAAAUGUAUGAUACCACCAUACAACAAUAUUCCAAUGUACGUGUGUGUACAGCGCCCAUGUGCGUAUGCGUGUCUGUACCUGUGUGUGUCUCUUCACAGUCCCCGCUGUUCCAUAAGGUGUAUUUUUAUCUGUUUUUUAAAUCUGAUUCUACUGCUUGCAUCAUUUACAUUUUAGUCAUUUAGCAGACGCUCUUAUCCAGAGCGACUUACAGUUAGUGAAUACAUUGUUUUUAUUUUAUUUAGUUUUUUUUGUAUUUGUAUUUAAUUUUUUUAUACUGGCCCCCCGUGGGAAACGAACCCACAACCCUGGCGUUGCAAACGCCAUGCUCUAUAAACUGAGCUACAUCCCUGCCGGCCAUUCCCUCCCCUACCCUGGAUGACGCUGGGCCAAUUGUGCGCCGCCCAUGAGUCUCCGGUCGCGACCGGCUGCGACAGAGCCUGGAUUCGAACCAGGAUCUCUAGUGGCACAGUUAGCACUGCAAUGCAGUGCCUUAGACCACUGCGCCACUCAGGAGUACAGUCAGUUACCUGAUGUGGAAUAGAGUUCAAUCAAUCAAAUGUAUUUACAAAGCCCUUUUUUAACAUCAGCAGAUGUCACAAAGUGCUAUACAGAAACCCAGCCUAAAACAGCAAGCAAAGCAGAUGUAGAAGCACGGUGGCUAGGAAAAAUCCCUAGAAAGGAAGAAACCUAGAGAGGAACCAGGCUCUCAGAGGUGGCCAGUCCCCUACUGGCUGUGCCGGGUGGAGAUUAUAACAGUACAUGGCCAUUAAGGCCAGAUUUCUCUCCAAGAUGUUCAAACGUUCAUAGAUGACCAGCAGGGUCAAAUAAUAAUCACAGUGGUUGCAACAGGUCAGUACAUCAGGAGUAAAUGUCACUUGGCUUUUCAUAACCGGGCAUUUAGAGUUUGAAAUAGCAGGUGUGAGAGAGUUGAAAAACAGCAGGUCUGGGACAAGGUAGCACGUCCGGUGAACAGGUCAGGGUUCCAUAGCCACAGGCAGAAGAGUAGAAACUGGAGCAGCAGCAUGACCAGGUGGACUGGGGACAGCAAGGAGUCAUCAGGCCAGGUAGUCCUGAGGCAUGGUCCUAGGGCUCAGGUCCUCCGGGAGGAGAGGGAGCGAGAGAGAGAAUUAGAGGGAGCAUACUUAAAUUCACACAGCACACCGGAUAAAACAGGAGAAUAACACCAGAUAUAACAGACUGACCCUAGCCCCCCGGCACAUAGACUAUUGCAGCAUAGAUACUGGAGGCUGAGACGGGGGGGGUCGGGAGACACUAUGGCCCCGUCCGACGAAACCCCCGGACAGGGCCAACAAGGCAGGAUAUAACCCCACCCACUUUGCCAAAGCACAGCCCCCACACCACCAGAGGGAUAUCAACAGACCACCAACCUACUACCCUGAGACAAGGCUGAGUAUAGCCCACAAAGAUCUCCUCCACUGCACUAGCCCCAGGGGGCAUCAAACCGUGGUCAUGGAACUAUGUAGUACUGUGCGCCUCCCAUAGUCUGUUCUGGUCUUGGCAUGUCUUGUGGGGUGUGCAUGCACACCUCAGACCAUGUUCUUAGAAUGGCACAAAGUCAUGUGAGGUUGUGUUUUGUCAUCAUUGUCUGUUUUGGCUGUCCCUCUUGAAUUUCACUUGUGUGAUGUACAGUGGGGAGAACAAGUAUUUGAUACACUGCCGAUUUUGCAGGUUUUCCUACUUACAAAGCAUGUAGAGGUCUGUAAUUUUUGUCAUAGGUACACUUCAACUGUGAGAGACGGAAUCAAAAAAAAAAUCCAGAAAUUCACAUUGUAUGAUUUUUAAGUAAUUAAUUUGUGUUUUAUUGCAUGACAUAAGUAUUUGAUACAUCAGUGCAGCAGGGAUUUUGGCCCACUCCUCCAUACAGACCUUCUCCAGAUCCUUCAGGUUUCGGGGCUGUCGCUGGGCAAUACGGACUUUCAGCUACCUCCCAAAGAUUUUCUAUUGGGUUCAGGUCUGGAGACUGGCUAGGCCACUCCAGGACCUUGAGAUGCUUCUUACGGAGCCACUCCUUAGUUGCCCUGGCUGUGUGUUUCGGGUCGUUGUCAUGCUGGAAGACCCAGCCAUGACCCAUCUUCAAUGCUCUUACUGACGGAAGGAGGUUGUUGGCCAAGAUCUCGCGAUACAUGGCCCCAUCCAUCCUCCCCUCAAUACGGUGCAGUCGUCCUGUCCCCUUUGCAGAAAAGCAUCCCCAAAGAAUGAUGUUUCCACCUCCAUGCUUCACGGUUGGGAUGGUGUUCUUGGGGUUUGUACUCAUCCUUCUUCUUCCGCCAAACACGGCGAGUGGAGUUUAGACCAAAACGCUCUAUUUUUGUCUCAUCAGACCACAUUACCUUCUCCCAUUCCUCCUCUGGAUCAUCCAGAUGGUCAUUGGCAAACUUCAGACGGGCCUGGACAUGCGCUGGCUUGAGCAGCAGGACCUUGCGUGCACCGCAGGAUUUUAAUCCAUGACGGCGUAGUGUGUUACUAAUGGUUUUCUUUGAGACUGUGGUCCCAGCUCUCUUCAGGUCAUUGACCAGGUCCUGCCGUGUAGUUCUGGGCUGAUCCCUCACCUUCCUCAUGAUCAUUGAUGCCCCACGAGGUGAGAUCUUGCAUGGAGCCCCAGACCGAGGGUGAUUGACCGUCAUCUUGAACUUCUUCCAUUUUCUAAUAAUUGCGCCAACAGUUGUUGCCUUCUCACCAAGCUGCUUGCCUAUUGUCCUGUAGCCCAUCCCAGCCUUGUGCAGGUCUACAAUUUUAUCCCUGAUGUCCUUACACAGCUCUCUGGUCUUGGCCAUUGUGGAGAGGUUGGAGUCUGUUUGAUUGAGUGUGUGGACAGGUGUCUUUUAUACAGGUAACGAGUUCAAACAGGUGCAGUUAAUACAGGUAAUGAGUGGAGAACAGGAGGGCUUCUUAAAGAAAAACUAACAGGUCUGGGAGAGCCGGAAUUCUUACUGGUUGGUAGGUGAUCAAAUACUUAUGUCAUGCAAUAAAAUGCAAAUUAAUUACUUAAAAAUCAUACAAUAUGAUUUUCUGGAUUUUUGUUUUAGAUUCCGUCUCUCACGGUUGAAGUGUACCUAUGAUAAAAAAUUACAGACCUCUACAUGCUUUGUAAGUAGGAAACACUGCCGAUUUUGCAGGUUAUCAAAUACUUGUUCUCCCCACUGUAGAUCUACAGACUAUGCAACCCUGUCAUUUUGUAUUUGUUUCUUUUGGAGGGUGUUCUAUGUGUCUGUAUAUUACUGCUUUCUUUAUCAAAGCAGCAGCUAUCCUAGCGGUUAGAGCGUUGGGCCAAAAACCCAAAGGUUGCUAGUUCGAAUCCCCAUGCUGACAAGGUGAAACAUCUGCCGAUGUGCCCGUGAGCAAGGCACUUAACCCUAAUUGCUGCAAUGUUGCUGUUGGUAAUGGCGGACCCUGCCUGUGACCCCACUCUCCGAGGGUGUCUCGGGGCCUUGGAAUAUGCAAAAACACAUUGACAAAUAUAUGCACCCACCAAAUUAUUAUUAUUUAGGAAGUCCCAAAAUGGAGAAAGAAUAAUCUGAUUUACUGGGCUCUUUGAAAUUCAUUGGAAUUCUGCCAUGCUUGUUUCUCGGCCCGGGAAAGUUUGGUCAUUUUUGUCAGAAAGGGCAUGACUGUCUUGUGGCGAAAUCCUGCACGGAGGCUUCACCGUGCGCUGCCACUUUAAGAGCGCAGCAGCAGUCGGGAAGGAGGAAAUAAAGAUGGCUCUUCCGGCUCUGUGUAGGGGCCCUCGGUUAGCGCCGCAGUUUUGACGGCGUGUGCAACUCUGCAGAAGUCUUGUGUAGUUUCAGUGUGCUUAGUUUAUAAAAGUUAUACGUUUGAUCGCCUUUAUAGAGCUACUCCUGAUGCGUUGAACGGUUCCAAUCUUCUGAUCACAUGGAUUACUAGCAACAUUGUUGCAAGCUUUUGUCAAACAAACAACCAAGGAUUGUGUUGGAUGGACGAAUGCAUGUUCAAGCCUGGAUGCAACUGCUAAGCCCAUCUCUCUUUAUCUCCUUCAGUUCUUUACACUGAAUACAUUUCUCUCUUUGUGCUGCGAUUCCUUUUAUGUUUGGUGAACUAAUAAUGCACUGUAGGACUGUUUGACAUUUUAGUUAAAGGGAGGUUGCGUGAGUUUGUUUAUUGUUUGAACUGUAUUGAUUUUGUGUGGGACUAUUGACAUUUGGCCAAGAAGAUUUUUGGACAUUUUAAGGCCUUCUUUGUUUUGUCUAUGAACACACCCAUUAAUACCCCCCUCACUCCUCCACUGGGAGGUAAUACAGAAUAUUGCAAAUUCUCUAAGGUUUAUGACUGGGUUCUUUCUUGUCAAUUGUAUCUAUGAAGUUGCCUUUGAAUUGCUCUACCAUUAUUCUUGUAUGAGGUAUUAUUGGUCGGGUUACCCCUGUGCUGUAACUUGUGUUUUAGAUGGUGUGUCUUAUCCUUUCUGUCCACUGGCUAUCUGGCGAACAGGCUACACUCUAGGCAGUCUGUUCUGCUGGUGUGUGUGUGUGUCUGGUAGCGUUACUAUCUAUCUUACUCUUUUCCUUUCGGCAGGGUUAAUACCUGCCUGGCAUUCGAAACAAAAAUCUUUAUCUUUACCAUUCUCUAACAAUACCGCUAUAGAACUAGCGCCCGAACAGGGACCCCUGGAGAAAAGCACCCAUGGUUGUAUAAUACAGAAUCCUACCGUGGGAGCUGCCUGCUUAACUCCUAUAGUCUUCUGUUGACAUCAGUACAUAAUAUGCAUAAAGGCCAAGUUAUACAUUUACUUUCUUUAGUUAGGAUUUGGCCCAUAAUGAGGAAAUCAGCUGGGCCUUUUGACUUGUGACCUUUGACUUUUGACCCCUCUCCAUGUGUAGGCAUGCCAGACGAGCAGCGUGAGGGCCUCCAGGAGAAGCUGAUUGAUAUCAUCCUGCGGGUGCUGGGGAGGAACACCCAGCUGCACUACUACCAGGGCUACCAUGACAUCGUGGUCACCUUCCUGCUGGUGCUAGACGAGCGUCUGGCCACCGCUCUGGUGGAGAAACUCUCUACGCACCACCUCAGGUGGGUCUCUGUCUGUUUCGGUGUUCCCUUCCCACAGGAGCUUGGCUUUAAAAUAGGGGUUAAGUACAUAUUACAUAUUAGUCAUUUAGCAGACGCUCUUAUCCAGAGCGACUUACUGUUAGUGCAUACAUUAUUUUAUUUUUUUACUUUUUUUUAUACUGGCCCCCCGUGGGAAACGAACCCACAACCCUGGCGUUGCAAGCGCUCUACCAACUGAGUAGAAGGGGAAUCCAUUUUGAAAAGCGAACGUAGCCGGUUGUAGAAUAACAGUUUGUUUGAGCUUUUGUAGUGUGUAAACUGCACACAGUUGGCCAGAUGAGUCAUCCUAAACAGUUGCUAGUGGAGACAAGACAUAUCUUGAAGCAUUUCAUUUGAAUUACACACACAGUGCUACUUUCUAUGUUUAUGACUGACAAACUGUCAUGUUGAUUCUCUAAUCCUGGUUCAGUUUGUCAUGUGUUGUGGUCCUCUGCUGUUCGUUUACUGCAGGGACUUUAUGGACCCCACCAUGGACAACACUAAACACAUCCUUAACUAUCUGAUGCCAAUCAUCGAGAGGAUCAACCCAGAGGUGCAUGACUUCAUGCAGCAGUAAGAAUAUUUUCUCUUGUUCUGUUAGUACAAUCAGUAAUUUGUCAAAUAACUAAUGAGCACAACUAAUGAAGAUACAAUACCAAUAAUUUGACUAAUCACUUAUGUUGCAUUGAAUGUGUCUCCAGGGCGGAGGUGGGCACCAUCUUCGCCCUUAGCUGGCUCAUCACCUGGUUUGGCCACGUCCUGUCAGAUUUCCGCCACGUCGUGCGGUUGUAUGACUUCUUCUUGGCCUGCCAUCCUCUGAUGCCAAUCUACUUUGCUGCUGUGGUGAGUGUCCUCUUUUUGGGACUAAAGUGACCCCAAACAUAACCCUAUUUUUUUCCUUUUGUCAGGGGCUAGAUCAGAUAUUUAGAAAUGUGGAUGUAGCCAUUCUUGGAGUUCAAAUGUGCCUCACAAAUCGAGUAUGUUUUCUUAUGAAAAACAUAUAUAUUUUUUGCAGCAGAGCUUAGCUGACCACUUAUGCGAGGACUGAGUUGGGGAAACCCUGGCAUAGGCCAUAGACCGCAUGCUGUUAACUGGUUGUUGUAUUGUGUGUGUGUGUGUGUGUGUGUGUGUGUGUGUGUGUGCACUAUUUGGUCGGUGGCUAUUCCAGAUUGUGCUGUACCGGGAGGAGGAGGUGUUGGACUGUGAGUGUGACAUGGCGUCGGUCCACCACCUCCUGUCCCAGAUCCCCCAGGACCUGCCCUACGAGACACUCAUCAGCCGCGCAGGAGACCUCUUUGUACAGUUCCCCCCCUCCGAGCUGGCCAGGGAGGCUGCCCAGCAGUACAGUCAACAGUAAGACUGUCUACCUCAUCUCUCGCUUGUCUCUUUUUGUCACGUAGUUGCCUAUGGGUUCCCUCUCCCCCCACCCCCACAGAUCCUCUACCUCCUCCUAUAUCUCCUGUCUUUCUCUUCCCCCCUCCCUCUCCUCCCUGCUGUUGUGAGUCACAUUCCCUCAUUAACACUCUCGGGUGAGAUAGUGUGAUCUGACAGUAACCUUCAUCUCCCCUGACAGGUGAACUGACGCUUUAAUUACCUGACACUAAGAUGGCUGGUGUUAUUGUUUUCCUUGGUCUCUCAGGACAGCAGCCUCCACCUUUAAAGACUUUGAUCUGGCCUCAGAGCAGCAGCGGCCCGACUCAGUGCUGCGAAGGCGGCGGAGGGAGAAGCAGGCGCUGGAAGGAGCGGCUGCAGGGGCCAUGGUGGCGACGGCCCAACCCACCGCGGCCCGACGCUUCGUCCGACUGGCCGUCAUGGGGCUCACUGUGGCCCUGGGGGCAGCUGCCCUCACCCUGGUCAACACAGCCCUGGAGUGGGCGCCCAAACUGGACCUGCAUCUCUUCCCCUGAGCGAGAGGGGGGACUUAGAGGGGAGAAGAGGGGGCUGACGUACAGACUUAAACUGGGCGGCUAUUACAGCAGAAGCCGUCCAUGAGAGGGAGAGAAAAUAGAGAUCUUUGUGAAGAGAAUAUGGAGUUCUGUUCCACCCUAUUAUGAAGGAUGAGAAUGGAACAGAGACUUGACUGUUGACUUUGUCUUUAAAUUAUAUUUGUAAAUAAAAUAACUGGAUAGUGAUAAAUGUUGUGCUCAGAGGGAUUAAGCUAUUUAUGUGAUGGCAAGCGGCAACUAGUAUCGAAGGCUUUGGGUUACUAGGUUGAAGAGUAGUCACUGGGCUCAAACUGAUGCCAAUGAAGAGCGUGUGUGUGUGUGUGUGUGUGGUUGUGUCCGAGAUGGCACCCUAGUCCCUAUGUAGUGCACUGAAUAGGG